GCAGCCACUGGAGUGGUCACAGCAUUGGUCACAAAGUUCACCAAACUGCGCGAGUUCCAGUUGCUGGAGACCGGUCUGUUUUUCUUGAUGUCGUGGAGCACGUUCCUUCUGGCUGAAGCAUGUGGUUACACAGGUGUGGUUGCAGUCUUGUUUUGCGGCAUUACUCAGGCACAUUAUACCUACAACAAUCUAUCUACAGAGUCCCAAAUUCGAACAAAACAGCUGUUUGAGCUUUUGAAUUUUUUGGCAGAAAACUUCAUCUUCUCCUACAUGGGUCUGGCUCUGUUUACUUUCCAGAAUCAUAUCUUCAAUCCCACAUUCAUUGUUUUUGCUUUUCUUGCAGUCUUCCUUGGCAGAGCUGCUAAUAUUUAUCCUCUCUCAUUCUUGCUUAAUCUGGGGAGAAGGAAUAAGAUUGGCUCAAACUUCCAGCACAUGAUGAUGUUUGCAGGUUUACGUGGAGCAAUGGCAUUUGCUUUGUCUAUUCGAGACACUGCAACAUUUGCCCGACAGAUGAUGUUUUCUACCACACUUCUCAUAGUGUUUUUUACAGUCUGGGUAUUUGGAGGUGGUACCACUGCUAUGCUCUCCUGCUUACAUAUUCGAGUUGGGGUUGAUUCAGACAUUGACCAACUGGGAGUUCCAGAGGGUGAACGAAGGAGUACAAAAGCAGAGAGUGCCUGGCUAUUCAGACUGUGGUACAACUUUGAUCACAACUAUCUAAAACCUCUGUUAACACACAGUGGACCACCCCUCACUACAACACUUCCAAGUUGCUGUGGUCCAAUUGCAAGAUGUCUAACAAGUCCACAGGCCUAUGAGAACCAAGAACAGUUAAAAGAUGACGACUCUGACCUCAUAUUAAAUGACGGUGACAUAAGCUUAACGUACGGUGACACAACAGUGAGUACAGAAUCUGUAGCAUCAAGACGAGGUGUUGGGAACAGCACAGAGGAUGGAAUAGAUCGAGAGUUAACCUGCGGGGAUCAUGAACUUGUCUUAAGAGGAACGCGUCUAGUCAUGGAUGAGUGUGAAGUGCCAGGAAACCUGCAAGUUACCAGGAGGCCAAGUCCAAUGUAG